UUUCUUUUCCUUUUCCUUUCUGCGCUUUCCCCAACUGGCUUCAUACACAUGUCUUUCGUUGAAACGAAAAGAGUAAAAAUUCCAUUCCGAUGAGUUCUACCAAAGAAAUGGAGAAUUCCCAAGAUAACACUCCGAUGAAGAAACUUGAAGCGGCGCCGCCCGAUAUCGAGAACCAGUUAUCGUCGUAUACGACGGCCCACCGGCUAUCCGGAAGAGAAGAUUUAUUGAAGAAGGGUCAGAUUGUCCUAAGGACGAUAGGCUUGCUCUUCUCCAUCCUUUCGUUUGUAAUCAUGUCUACUAACAAUCACAGAGUUCGUGGCAAUCCUUAUGAUAAUAAUUUCGAUCAUUAUGAACAAUACAGGUAUUUGUUAGCAAUAGGAAUUAUUUCCACUGUUUACACAAUAGCUCAGAUUUUGCGUCAAAUUCACGAAUUCUCUACUGGGAAGUACUUGUUAUCUCAGCUUGAAUUGAACUUUCUGGACUUUUUUGGCGAUCAGAUCAUUGCCUACUUGUUAAUCUCUGCGGCAUCAUCGGCCAUUCCAUUGACGGAUCAGGCGAGAAGACAUAAAGAUAAAGUACUUGCAGAUCCAUCUGCGGCGUCAAUAAGUAUGGCUAUCUUGGGUUUCAUGGCAAUGGCGUUGUCGGCUUUAAUUUCUGGAUUUAAGCUUUCCAUUCAUAUAAGUAUCUGAGCUUUAGUCUUUAUCUUGAUCCAUUAAGUGUUCUUUCUUUUCAUUGUUCUUUUUUUCACGUUAAGGGUACUUUUUAUUGUAUUUUUCACGUCUUAGUAAGUGGCAGUUGGAAGCUCUUUCUUGAUUGUCUACUUUGUAAUUUUACUAUCUCAUUUUUUGUAUAGAUCUUUUGAGAGUUAGAGAGACUUAUGGAGUUGAAUUCUUGGAAGAUUGAUCGACUUAGAUCUACUUGGAUAAGAAAUUAAAUUACAGAACAAGUAUGCAUUUACUUUC